AUGGGGUCCGAGAACCGUUCAGUAGCCCGCUACGAGACAACAGCAGUAUACACUCAUCCAGAGGCCAAAGUUGACAUUGUUCUUGUCCAUGGGCUCAAUGGAUCGCCCGACAAGACAUGGACGGCCAAGAAUGGAACUUUCUGGCCUCUGGACCUACUACCAGUCUCACUCAGAGGCGCACAGGCUAACAUCCUGGUCUACGGCUACAAUGCAGACGUCUAUUCCAAAAAGAACAAUCAAACAGCCAGCGACAGCUUCAUUCACCAGCAUGCGCAGAAUCUCAUAACAAAUCUGACCCUCCAUCGCCAAAGCGAAGGCACAUUCAAGAACCCCAUCAUUUGGGUAUGCCAUAGCUUGGGGGGUAUCCUCGUCAAACGAGCUCUCCUCUACUCAUCUGAUGUUCGCGAACCUCACCUUGAGCAUUUCCGAUCCAUUUUCGUUUCGACCUUCGGCCUGGUCUUCUUGGGAACACCCCAUGUUGGCUCAAAUGCAGCUACUUGGGGUCUCAUUCUUCAAGCCAUGUCCGAUGCAGUCAUACCCAAGAGGUUUUUCGACUCUGAGUCGGUGCUUUUGAAGACUCUUAAGAAAGACAACGAAACCUUGGCGAACAUCAACAGUCACUUUUUGGACAUAUAUCAGCGCUUUGAGAUUCAUAUGGUUCGCGAGAAUCAGAAAACCGAUAUCAAGGGCCACAAAAUUUUUAUUGUUGAUGCCAACUCAGCUGGACCUCAGUUGCCUGGUGUCACUUACUACGGGAUAGAGGCAUCGCACUCCAACAUGUGCAAGUUCGAUGGCACCAACUCCCCGGGCUUUCGUAACAUUGCUAUCACUAUACAGCAGUGGAUUCAAAGGGCCCCAUCUGCUACCCAAGAACGAUGGCUUGCCGAAGAAGACGAGAGACGAGCCCGUGCCAUGACAAGAGCAAAUGAGAUUAUGUCGCCUUACACAAGUCAGACUCAGACACCUGUGCUGAGUCAAGAUAUAUCAUCGUUCAGAGGGAAGAAGCCAGUCCUGGAAGGAUCAUCUUUGGCGCUCCUCAAUAGAGAUGAAUCAAUCUUUGUUCACCCAGAACGCUUCCGCCCCAACUCGCUCUUUAGAGGUCGACAGCAAGAGCUGGAGGAUCUUCAUGCCAUGCUCAUGGACCGGCAGCGCAGAGACCAAGGUACUUCUGCUGUUCUCAUAUGGUCAGUUCCCGGGGGAGGAAAGACGCAUCUCGCCAGGGAAUAUGCUUUCAAGCAUCGUCAUGACUACUCGUGCGGCGUCUUCUGGGUACGCACAAAGACUCCUGAAGAUCUCGAAGAUGGAUUCUUGAGGAUUGCCAAGCAUGCCAUGUCUCGGGCAGAAAUCGGUAUACAGGACGAGACAACCCUCCAGAAUCCGAGCAAGGUGAUCCCUUUGGUUCGAAACUGGCUUGAUCGAUCGGAGAACUGGCUCCUCAUACUAGAUGGAGCUCUAUGUGACACCCCGAAUCUGAAGAAUUGUAUACCCGAUGCGAGAAACUCAAGCCUGAUCCUAACGUCUACCGACACAUCCAUCGCAGGAGACCAUCACUUUGAUAAUCCCCAGAAACUCGAACUCGGACCACUGGCUGACAAUGAUGCGCGUACGUUGCUGCUUGAGGAUAUGGACAAGAAGAAACCCUGGACUCAGGACGAUCUCGACCGCGCUCUGGAAGUAGUUCGGUUGGUUGAAGGCCUGCCACUAGCCAUCCAUACCGCAGCUGGUCAGAUGAAAGCUACCAAAGAGCCACUGGCAAAGUACAUUCGAUCUUACAAGAAGCGGCCCCGUACCGGCGGGUUGGGGGCUUACAAAGCUGUGCGAGAAAAGCUCAAGGAACGAGGGGAGACAGCGGCGCUUAACCUCAUGUAUCUACUCGCAUUCUGGGGAGGACGGGUGCCGGUCGAGAUGCUGUCACUUGCACUUGAUAAGCGCACUCCUGUGCGUACCCAUGACUCGAUGGGUAAGCGGAGUCUCAACAAGACAUUCACCGUUCUCAUAGCGUUUGCUCUCAUCGAGCGUGACGAAAUAGAAGAUGUCCCAUCGGUGAGCACGCCCGGCGAAACGAUCCCUAGUUCAAGACCAAUGGAGCCUCUCGACGUGCUCAAGAUCCACGGUAUCGUGCAAAGCUUCUUUCUUGAGGCCUUAAAGAAAGACGGGCAGUACAACUUUUGGCUUGAACGUGCUGCCGCUGUUUUCCUCGAGUCUUUCGACCGGGGAGAUAGCCGUGCCAAGAACAACAAGGAGAUGGGCAUUCCAGAUGACUAUCGAAGGUUCGCCACCCAGUGCCGAAGGAUUUUGAAGCAUCUUGAAGAGGUCGAUAGGCCGAGUCUAGAACUCAUGUCCGUUGAGCAAGCCUUGCAAGGCCGGUUCGAGGAUAUGCAGGUCAAGAUUCGCACCUUGGCACGCUCAAUGACCACAGACUCUGAAGGGAGAUGGGUUCGGGGACCUUAUGUGUCUGUAUUUGAGAAAAGCAACAGUGCUUCUCUGUCAAGCUCAUUUACCACUCCGGAUGACGACAACAUCGAGGAAGACAAGCAAGCCCCUUGGGACUUGCGCACUAGUUUCCCUUCUCUGGAAGCAGACAACGAUGCCCCAUACCCUUACGAUAGUACAAUGCCCGUACCGGUGUUCUAUGAGGAUGACGAUACUCUUAUGGGGAGCGUGGUCUCUCAGCAACGGCCCGCAGAAAGGCGUUCAAGUGGCAACAGCCCAAGGGUGUCUGAGCGUGACCUGAAUGAGAGUUGGACUUUGAUCAAGGAACCAAGUGUCCCUCGAUCGAGGCCACUCUUUGAGCCUGCUGAGCGCGUCAUAAGGCCGACAGUCAGAGGCCAGAGCGUGGGGGCUAUUCCUCGACCAGACUCUCACCCUCGAGAGAUAAAUCGUGAGCGUGCUGAAGAAAACCCGUUCAUGGGUUCAGGAGAUGGCACGAUCCCAACUAUGGAGAUUGCCAACGCAGACUGGCUCACCCAUGAUCGCAUAACAGACCGCCCACGCGCAAGUCAUUCGGAUACAUCUCUCGAUGCAGAUAUUGACCACUGGGCACUGGGCCUGCCUAUCACUAGUCACUCAGUGAGCAGCCUCAGACCUAUAUCUCAUCAUCAGCAACCAGCAUCUAGUCAUCGUCGUACUCUGUCUACUGGAGAGGUUUUGUCAUCGUCGUUGCCAAAUAGCCUUGCAAGCAGCACCCUUCGGCCGCCCUCGUCAGGACCUGAAAGUCAGUCUUCUCAGCCCAUGUCACGAAACUCUUCCUCCAGAUCAGAUCAACCUGUCUCGGUUAACCCUGCUGUUCCCAGGUGGGCACGACGUGUACCAUCGGCCACAGCCACAGAGCCCUCGCCACGACAUAUCACAAAUAGUCCUGACAAUACCUCUUCGGGGUAUCAAUCAUGGCAGAUGAGGCAAUCAGGGCCCUGGAAUGCUGAAGGGGCUUCUAGGAGGGAAAUCACCUCGAGCCCUAGACCAGAGGUGGAGGCGGAUGGCGCGGACAUGGUGAGAUCAGGUUCCGGAGGGAUUCAGUUCCACGGUCGCAUUAUUGAAUUUGGAAGAUUACAGCCAGCAAAUGCGCAACCAGUCUAUCCAUUAGAAAUCAGCGAGUCGACUCACGCUCUGGAGAGCCAGGCUACCACCCGAAGAAGACGGAACACAAAUAGCCAACCUCCUGGUUAUCCCCGACCAGAUACAUCACGAUAA